UGCUGCAAGGUGUUGCAAAGUGUUACGUACCGUGUACCGGAAAGCAUUUGCUAGCUUAUUUGCACUGUAAACAUGUCCGACGGUCAGGAAACGGUCCCAGAAGGAUGGGAAAAGCGUACCAGCCGUUCCACAGGAAUGACUUACUAUCUUAACGUGUACACCAAAGAAUCGCAGUGGGAUCCUCCUACGGCACCGGCGGAACCGGCAAAUACUAAUGAACCACAUGAGGUGCAGUGUGCACAUCUGCUAGUGAAACACAGCAAAUCCCGCCGACCGAGCUCGUGGCGAGAGGAAAACAUUACGCGCAGCAAGGAGGAAGCGAUCGAAAUACUCGAAUCGUACCGUAAAAAAAUUCAAUCCAACGAAUCGACGCUACAGGAGCUGGCCCAACGCUACUCGGACUGCAGUUCAGCCAAACGGGGUGGCGAUCUGGGCAUGUUCAAGCGUGGCAUGAUGCAGAAACCGUUCGAGGAUGCGGCGUUUGCGUUGAAGGUGGGCGAUAUGUCCGAUAUCGUCGAUACGGAUUCGGGCGUUCAUUUGAUUCUGCGGUUAAAAUAGACGUCACGUGC